UUUUUCAGAGAAGCUGUGCCCGGCGUCCUGACGGGCUAACAGGAGGCGGGAUGAUAGCGACAAGGAUUCGACCUGUGCUGAGCUCUCUAGGAGAGCCGCGGGUUGCAGGAGCAGGACACACUGCGGUAGCCGGCCCGCAGAGGGCGCCAGCAGCUACGUCUGGCUCACCACCCUCCCCUCCACGUGAAAGGGGGCUGGGACCCAAGGAAUGCGGCCCGCCCCGAGGCUGACGUGCUGGUCGUUGAAGGCCGGACUCUUAAAGGCCGGGCGAUAAGCCCGGCAUCCUAGCAGAGCUGGCGAGGAGGCGAGCCGGAGGCUGGGCGGCGGGAGUGCGGCUGUCAUUGCGUUCGAGCAUCCCUGGGCUCCUUGGAGCCGACAAGCCGGCGGUGCAGGCAGCUCCAGCCCUGCGCCUCUCGCAGCGCUCCCGAGCCCCCACGCGGCCGAGAGUCGAGGACUUAGCACAAAGCACGUUUCCCGAACAGCGCAGGGCGCGCCCGGCAGUGCGCGAGCGCACGCGUUCCCCUCUUCUUUGUUCCGGGGGCCGGCGGCCACUCUCCUCCCUGCUUCGGAAUCUCCUCCCGGGGUGGCGGGUCGCCGAGUGCAGCUGCGAAGAUGCCCUUGGAGCUGACUCAGAGCAGAGUGCAGAAGAUCUGGGUGCCUGUGGACCACCGGCCCUCGUUGCCCAGAUCCUGUGGGCCGAAGCUGACCAAUUCGCCCACGGUGAUUGUCAUGGUGGGCCUUCCCGCUCGGGGUAAGACUUACAUCUCUAAGAAGUUGACUCGCUACCUCAACUGGAUCGGCGUCCCAACAAAAGUGUUCAACGUGGGGGAGUAUCGUCGGGAGGCUGUGAAGCAGUACAGCUCCUACAACUUCUUCCGCCCUGACAAUGAAGAAGCCAUGAAAGUCCGAAAGCAGUGUGCCUUAGCUGCCUUGAGAGAUGUCAAAAGUUACCUGACAAAGGAAGGGGGACAAAUUGCAGUUUUCGAUGCCACCAAUACUACUAGAGAGAGGAGACACAUGAUCCUUCAUUUCACCAAAGAAAAUGACUUCAAGGCAUUUUUCAUCGAGUCCGUGUGUGAUGACCCGACGGUUGUAGCCUCCAACAUCAUGGAAGUUAAAAUCUCCAGCCCGGAUUAUAAAGACUGCAACUCGGCAGAAGCCAUGGACGACUUCAUGAAGAGAAUCAGUUGCUAUGAAGCCAGCUAUCAGCCCCUCGACCCUGAUAAAUGUGACAGGGACUUGUCGCUGAUCAAGGUGAUCGACGUUGGCCGGAGGUUCCUGGUGAACAGGGUCCAGGACCACGUGCAGAGCCGGAUCGUGUACUACCUGAUGAACAUCCACGUGCAGCCCCGCACCAUCUACCUGUGCCGGCAUGGGGAGAGCGAGCACAACCUCCAGGGCAGGAUCGGGGGCGACUCGGGCCUGUCCAGCAGGGGCAAGAAGUUUGCCAGUGCCCUGAGCAAAUUUGUGGAGGAGCAGAACCUGAAGGACCUCCGAGUGUGGACCAGUCAGCUGAAGAGCACCAUCCAGACGGCAGAGGCGCUGAAGCUGCCCUACGAGCAGUGGAAGGCGCUCAAUGAGAUUGAUGCUGGCGUUUGUGAGGAGCUGACGUAUGAAGAGAUCAAGGACACCUACCCUGAGGAGUACGUGCUGCGGGAGCAGGACAAGUACUAUUACCGCUACCCCACGGGCGAGUCCUACCAGGAUCUGGUUCAGCGCCUGGAGCCGGUGAUCAUGGAGCUGGAGCGGCAGGAGAAUGUGCUGGUCAUCUGCCACCAGGCUGUCCUGCGCUGCCUGCUGGCCUACUUCCUGGAUAAGAGUGCAGAGGAGAUGCCCUACCUGAAAUGCCCCCUCCACACCGUCCUGAAGUUGACACCUGUUGCUUACGGUUGCCGUGUGGAAUCCAUCUUUUUGAACGUAGAGUCUGUGAGCACACACCGGGAGAGGUCUGAGGAUGCAAAGAAGGGACCUAACCCGCUCAUGAGACGCAAUAGUGUCACCCCACUAGCCAGCCCCGAGCCCACCAAAAAGCCUCGCAUCAACAGCUUUGAGGAGCAUGUGGCUUCCACCUCUGCUGCCCUGCCUGGCUGCCUGCCCCCGGAGGUGCCCACGCAGCUGCCCGGACAACCUUUGCUAGGGAAAGCCUGUCUACGAACUGUCUGUCACAUAUUCUCAAAGUUCUCUCCUUACUAACCUUGCAAAGAACCUGAAAGGCUCCCGGAGCAACGCCGACUCCUCCAGGAAACACUGAAGCAGACACCCGGGUUGAUUCCAUUUCCAUUUCUGCAGCUUAGCUUGUGCCCUUCCAUCCACCCAAGGCCAGGAUAACCCCAAGGACUUCUUCCGAGUUGGGUGGGGUGGAGUGGAAGAGGAUUUGCUGGUUGGAGAGAUACCAUGUGCAGCAUCCCCGUCGUCCCUACAGCAUCGGGGUAGCUGAGACACCAGAAAACCAUGCAGAUCUGGGGCUUCCUGCACCCAAUACAGGCCACUCACCCUCCCUGGAUCUCGGGGAUAUCUGGCCUCAGACACCUGCCAUGAGGCUUAAGGAAGACGACAGCUAGUGGAGAACAUGAGAGAGGCCCCAAGGAGGUGACACUGGGUGCCGCUGUGUUGUUAUUUUGUUUUUGUCGUCUUAGCCUGGUAUGCUGUAGCUGGGCAGAUGACACUGGCAGAGAAUCCUAAAACGAAAGAGCUAGAUCCUAGUUGUUGAAGGUGAAGGGAUGUUUAAAAACUCUCACGUGGCUCUUCCAUGCAUCUUGGCCUGGGACGAUGCCUCAUGAAGAAUGGACUUGGGCAGGUGCUGUGUUGGGGUCUCUUCUCCCAAGAAGUUCCUGAGCUGGGACUCGCCAGUCAGCCAAGCAGGGUACACUCUCCUGCAGAUCCACACACCUUCCCGGGCCUGUGCUCUGCCUCUGAAGAAGGGGUUUAAGGACAGAAUGGUGUGGAAGCAGAUGUAAGCUUUUUGCCGAAACAUACCAGCUCGGUCCUCCCUGUCCCAGGGAGCUGCAAGACCACUCUGUUCACCUAUGUGGACUGGAAGGCCGCUGAGGGGACCAGGAUCACUCCUGGAGCUGUGUUUGCACUUUUUAAUGGCAGAAAUGUGACCUGAGAGUCGCACCUUGUCUUCAAGAACUUGGAAAUCUGGGUGCGGGGCUCUUGAGGCUCUUGAGGCUGGGAACUUCUGAAUAUGGGGAGCAGGGCAUGCCCAUGAGAUGGGGAAGCCUGGAGCAUUGGAAUCGUGGCAAGACCAACGACGCGGGACAACAAAGAGGAUACCUGACUUCCUUCCCUCAGGACUUCAUGGCCGUCCACUUUUCCCAGGAGGGAGCAACAGUCUACACCAGGCCACUUCCUCCAAGAGGAUGCUGGGCACCUGGGGACUCCUAAGAGUGGAAGGCCAUCCUUGCCUUACUUCUUGGCCUCUGUGACCCUUUCGGGGUUGGAAGCAGGGAUUUGGGGACUCGUGAUUAUAAGCACCUGGUGUCCUUGCCUGUUGACUUCUCCUUGAUUCCUCAGAUCCUGGGGUAGGAGGAGUAUCUCAUGCCCAGAAAAAACAAUUUGGAAACCCAGCAGAGUUUGUCCAAAUGACCCUUUAAGGGUGUCUCAAAGCUUGUGCCAAAGGUCACGUUCCUUUCCUGCCUUCUGCUCAUAGCCCUAGCUCCUUCUAACUCAAGGAGACAGGGCCUAGGGUAGAGUGGGAUGUAGACACCUGGGCCUAGGAGUGGAGAGGAGCUUUUUAUUCUUUUUUUUUUUUUUUUUUUUGAGAGGAGUUUCACAGAAUGCACGUUUCUCUGAUUGGGAUUAAGCGGGAAAUAGGGGCAUGCAUCAGGUACCAUACAAUUAAGUCGUGGCUUUCUCACUGAACGUUUAUAUCCUCCCCACUCACCGCACCCCUUUAAUUGGCAGAGAGAAUGUCUGUAUAUACAUUCCCAUACAACUUACAACUUGGGCAAUUUCCCCUCUUUUGUAGUAUCUUCGGUCUUGUCAGACUGCGUGCGUGUGUGUGUGUGUGUGUACAUACGCGUGCAUGAGUGUGGGCAUGGUGUGUGUAGGGUGGCCAUAUUUUUAGACAGGAGGGGCCUUCAGGAUGCUCUUGAGAAUGGUCUCUUAGGUUCCACUUUCUGUCCUCAUCCUCUCCUAGUUGUCAGAGCCAACUGAACAUAGACUCUUAAAUCUGAUGCAGGUAGGGGCCUGAUGAAGGUGUUUCCCCGUCAUCUCUGACUACCUAAAAUCCAUGAUCUAAAUAAAGAAGGCCUUGCCUAACACAGAACUUCAGUUUGGUGAGAACAGACAUAAAUAUGGAUGGGGAGAGCAAGUCUCGGGGCAAAUAGACUGCUGCUUCAUUGGAAAACUCUGGCCUGCCUUCUGAGGAGGUGUUGGAUGGAGCGUGAGUCUGAGCUCCCACUGUGGGACUUUAGCUUCUAUUAAUCUCUGCCCCUCCACACCCCCCAAAAAUAACUGGGACCAAUUUUUUUAAUGUUGCAUAUUUGUUUUUGGGUGGGUUUCCCCCCUUAUUAUGUCCUGAGACCAUGGGCAAAGGUCUUUAUUUUGGGGGAGAAGAAAACUGUUUGAACCACACCAAUGAUUUUUUUUGUUUGUAAUACUUGAAAUUUAUUUUUUUAUUAUUUUGAUAGCAGAUGUGCUAUUUAUUUAUUUAAUAUGUAUAAGGGAGGCUAAAAAUAGAAAGCUGUAUAGAUUGGGUUUAGUUGUUCAUUGGUUUGGGGCCUUUUAUGUGUGACUUAUGACUUCACUGUGUUCUGUAUAUUUGUCUGAAUCAAUGACCCGGAAUGAAGCUGUGCCAGCUUUCAAACAGGGGAUGCCUUUCUGAAAUUUGUAUAUUUUGCAGUUACCAGACCAAUAAAACACCUGGUUGAAAUACA